AUGGAAGAAAGUAACCAACCCAAUUCUUCUCAAUACGACUCCAAAAAGCUCCUCUACAAAUACCAGUUCGCCUUUCUCCUCAUGCAACGAUCAUUCAGCUCAAUGGGCAAAAUAAUUUCUACUUGGGAAACCCGCCAGCUUUUCAAAUCCAUUUCAGUCUGGAAAAUCCACUGUUUAGACUCCCCAAAGCUCGAAAAAGCCCAAAUCCAAGCAAUUCUUUCUACCAUACAGUCUAAGCUUGACAACUUAAAUUCAGUCCUAUCCUCAAGGGUCAAGCAAAAUAUGCAUGCAAAUCUGCUUCGGAUUUUGAAAUGCGCAAAGCUGAAACACGUUCUUGAUAAGGCUAAGCAAGAACAAGAAACAAUACAGGCAGGACAUCAGCAAGAAUUAGACGCAAUGACCCAAGAACUCAGCAAUCUUCAAGAGAAGCAAAAAGAACUGGAAAGUCUGGUGAAAGAUUUCAAAACGAAAGAAAAUCAAUAGAGCUGUAUAUAAAAAGACAUUUUGUGAAUUUUUCAGUCAUUUUUAAUAGAAAAAAAUCAUUUUUUUGUAUGACCAAUCAAUAUAAAGACCAAAUCAACGAUUUAAAAGCAGGCAGAGUUCAAAAUGCGGCAGCCAUUGAAAGAAGUAGAAAGCUAGCCCAAGAAAAAGAAGAAGAACUGAUGGAAAGAAUUGAGGAUUUAAGAGAAGAAAACGCACAAUUAAGUGAAAAAUUAGCUGCAGUCGAAAAUAAUGUGACUACAUUUAUCCAAGAAAUGGGAACAUUAUUGGAAGCCAGCGAAGAGUCUAAUAAAAAGAGAGCUAGUGUAAGUAGUAGCCAAAAGCCUAAAAAGACUGGUAAAACUGGAAAAAGAAGCAGAGGGCCGACUAUAACUUUGGAUUUGGGUAAGUGAUAA